AUGGAUGCGCGCUCGGGAUAUCGGACCGAGAUCCGUCUCGAAUCUCAACGAACGAGCGAACGAAAGGGAAGGAAGACGCAGACGUGGGCCUUUUUGGGCUGCAACCUGCUGUCACGACGGGGCGCACAGCCUCUUCCCACUUUUGCCAAUCUCCCCGCAUCCGCAUCUUACUUCUCUCUCCGUUCUCGACGGUUUGGGCCCAUCUAUCGUGCGUUUUCCGUUAGCACCGGGCUGUGCUGGUUCCGCCGCUCCAACGACGCUCCCCCCCCCAAAGUGGGAUUCGAAGUGGGGGGUGCCGCCGGCGUGGCCGGAAAGAUCGUUUCAUAUAGGCAAUGA